AUGCGGAGCUCUAGCGAUGACUCCGAAAAAGAUAGAGCGACCUUUUCCUCAACGCAUUCAUCCCCCAACAGAUCCCUCGGAUCAACAAGGGCAAUGCUCCGCGUCGCAUUGAUGGUAUCAUUCGCCGCCUGGAUCGUCAACUUCGACAACGGCUACACAGGGACUGUGUUAAUCAUGCCCUCCUAUAAAAAAGCCUUCGGAACAUGCACACAAUUAAUGGACCAAACCGGCAAAAUCACCGAAGAAUGCUCCAUAAACCCCCUCCAACAAUCUCUCAUCAGUCUUAACUACAUGUUCAUCGGCAUCGGAGGCGGAAUAUCAGGACUCACAGGCCGCUUCUACGGCCGCCGCGGCACGUUCCAGAUAGGCUGCGCGCUCGCCAUCAUUGGCGCAGCCGGAAUGCUAGGCACAGGCAACGGCGAGGGAAGUUUCCUGCACUACAUGAUCUGUCGGUGUAUUAGCGCGAUGGGACUCGGGCAUGUGAUCACCGCGAGCACGACAUACGGGUCCGAGUGUAUUGUAGCGCAGAAGCGUGGGUUUGCCCUGGGAAUUUAUAAUGUUGGACUUGCCUUGGGGAAUGUUGCGUCAAGUGCUGUGUGUGCGGGAUCGGCGCAGCUGGAACGGGAUAAUAAUUGGCAGUGGAAGACACCUAUUCUGUGUCAGAUUCCUUUGGGGAUCAUUCUGGGUGCGGGGAUCUUGAUGUUUCCUGAGUCGCCGAGGUGGAUCCUCAAUCAUGAUCACGAUGAGGAGGGGGCUAGGAAGGCUUUUGGGAUGCUAUAUCAGAUGGAUCCGUUUGCGCCGGAGAUCACGGCGCAGAUUGAGGAUAUCAAGGCUCAUAUCAAAGCUGAAAAGGCGAUUUCGAAGUCGACUUCAUGGUAUGAGAUUUAUCAGGCGAAGCAUAUUCGGAGGACUACUGCGUCGGCCGUUAUUCAGAUUGGAUUGUCGAUUACGGGGAUUCAAUUUGUGCAGCCUUAUGCGACUACCUUUCUCAGGGGUGUUGGGGUCAGCAACCCAUACCUGAUUAAUGUUAUCAUUGGUGUUUGUAUCUUGGGAGGCGCGGUGCUAGGCCCAUGGGUUGUUGAAUAUGGAGGACGCCGACUCACCAUGUUGGUCGGAUACACGAUGAUGGCAGCCUGCAUGUUGAUUCUAUCCAGUGUUAGCACGGCACUGGGCCAGGAUAGUAUCUCGAAAAUUGUUGUUGUUGUACUUCUCUGUUUCUGGUCGUUCAUAUUUGGUGGAACUAUUGCCCCUACUAACAAUCUAGCAGCUGUGGAGAUGCACAGCGUGUCAUUGCGCACAUACGGACAAGCGAACACGACCAUCGUCUAUGGAAUCUUUUCCUUUGGUGCAACAUUCUGGACACCAUAUAUGCUUGAUGCCCAAUAUGGCAACAUGGGUGCGAAUGUUGGAUAUUUUUACGCCGGUGUGACAGUUGUGAUUGCGGUAUUGAUAUUCCUACUUGUUCCUGAGACUGCCAGCCUCACUCUUGAAGAGAUUGAUAACGUUUUCGACUCCAAAAUUCCCCCUUGGAAGACUUCUGUGGCAGGAAACAAGAAGAUUGCCCAGAGGCGAGGAGAGGAAUUGCAAACUGUCGAUUAG